AUGGAUGACCCAAGUCAACGAGAAAAUCUCUUCCAUUCCAAGUGCAUCAUUAACCAAAACACUAGCAUCAUGAUCAUUGAUAGUGGGAGUUGUGCCAAUGUUGCUAGUACCACCCUUGUUGAUUUCUUGAAACUUCCCACCACCCGCCGUGAAAACCCUUACAAACUUCAAUGGCUCAAUGAAUGUGGUGAAUUGAAGGUUACUAGGCAAGCUAUCAUCAAAUUCGCGGUUGGGAAGUAUCACGAUGAGGUGUUAUGUGAUGUUGUUCCCAUGCAAGCGUGUCAUCUUCUACUUGGACGACCAUGGCAAUAUGAUAGGUCUAUCAACCAUAAUGGGAGAACUAGCCAAUACACCCUUGUCCACAAUGGUGUUAAACAUGUCUUGAAUCCUAUGACCCCCUCCCAAGUGGGUGAGAUCUAUAACAAAAUGAGGGAGUUGAAGGACAAGGGUCAUAGGGCAUUGCAAAAGAAGAAUAUAGGGGAAGAGGGAGUAGAGGAGAGUAGUUCUCAAGAGGUGAGUGGAAAGAAAGGAGAGCUUAGAGGAAAAACCAAGGUGUCUCUUUUGACGAAUUGUGGGGAAAUUAGGGAGGAAUUGGGGGAGCGUCAACCGGUGACUCUCCUCAUGCAUAGGGACUAUGUAUUGCACAGUAAUGAGCUAACCCCUUCUUUUCCUAGUUCUAUUUCUUCUCUUUUGCAUGAAUUUGAUGAUGUGUUCCCAACGGAACUCCCAAAAGGGUUACCACCCUUGAGGGGAAUUGAACACCAAAUUGACUUUGUUCUGGGUUUUCAAUUGCCCAACAAAUCAGCUUAUAGAGCCAACCUGGAUGACACUAAGGAGCUUCAAAGGCAAGUGGAUGAGCUCCUUAAAAAGGGAGUUGUGCGAGAAAUUGUUUUCUUGGGUUUUGUUGUGAAUUCAAGGGGCGUUGAGGUUGAUGAAUCCAAAAUAGGCGCUAUUAAGAAUUGGCCAACUCCUAAAUCCAUUGGUGAUAUUAGAAGUUUUCAUGGAUUGGAUAGUUUUUAUAGGCGCUCCGCACCGUUGUUGCAAUUAGCUGAUUUUGACAAAAAUUUUGAAAUUGAAUGUGAUGCUAGUAAAGUAGGUAUUGGUGCCGUUUUAAUGCAAGACCAAAAACCCAUUACCUAUUUUAGUGAAAAGCUUAAGGGUGCGGCAUUGAACUACUCCACCUAUGAUCUUGAAUUGUAUGCUUUGAUUAGAGCUUUGGCUAAUUGGCAACACUAUUUGUGGCCUAAAGACUUGAAUACAUUGUAUCCUGAGGACCCUGUCUUUGCCAAAAUCUUUCUAGAUUGCGAAGAGUGGGAAAGGGAGAGGUGGAUUAGGGAUAGUCCCUAUUCUAGGUUUGAUGGUUUCUUGUUCAAAAACAAGCGUUUGUGUGUGCCCAUGAGCUCUUGGAGGGAAUUAUUUGUGAGGGAGGCACACAAUGGGGGAUUAAUGGGACAUUUUGGGAUUGAUAAGACUUUUGGGAUUCUUGAGGAGCAAUUUUAUUAG